AGCCAAAGAUGUCGGCUCGGUCAUGUGAUCAGCUGUGUCCAAUCACAGUUGAUCGCAUGGGACAUGUACACUGAUCAUCAGGGCACUGAUGAUCAGUGUGCCCUGAUGAUCAGUGUAGCCCCAGCAGUGCCACCUGUCAGUGUCCAUCAGUGCCAGCUGUCAGUGCUCAUCCAUGCCACCUGCCAGUGCCCAUCAGUGCCAAAUCAAUGCCACAUUUCAGUGCCUACCAGUGCACAUCAAUGCCACAUAUCAUUGCCCAUCUGAGCUGCCUUUCAGUGUCACCCAUCAGUGCCAGUCAGUGCCACCUAUCAGUGCCAGUCAGUGCCACCUAUCAGUGUGCAUCAGUGCCCUUCAGUGCUGCCUAUCAGUGCCGCCU